AUGUCGUUAAUUUUCAAAGUUGAUUUCGAAAAAGCAUUUGAAUCUUUAAAUUGGGACUUUUUGGAUUCGAUUAUGGAGCAAAUGAAUUUUAGGUGGAAGUGGAUGAGGUGGAUUAGGGGCUAUCUGGGUUCCAUUCGGGCUUCUAUCUUAAUUAACGGUGCACCGAUGAAAGAAUUCAAUAUCAAAAGAGGAUUGAGGCAAGGAGAUCCAUUAGCACAUUUUCUCUUUAUUAUAGCCAUUGAAGGAUUGAAGGUGAAUUUGCAUAAAAGCCAGGUGUUUGGAGUGGGUAUCAUUGACUUGGAUGUGCAUAGGCUUGCUAGCAUUCUCAAGUGUGAGCCGACCACUUUUCCUUUCAUGUAUCUUGGCUUAUCGGUGGGGGCUAACAUGAGGCUUGCUAAAAAUGGAGUCUAG